CCACGCCGCCGUCCCGAAACCGUACCCGUUGCUACCUUCCUUUUCCUCUUCCUCUCCGGACUCCGGAGUCCAGCCGUCAGUCCAAACCCCCCAAAAUUCCGAGCCAAUGCGGUCCUAAAGCCUCCUCCCCUCUCUCCUCCGCGGCCUCCAAACCCUAACCCCUCCGCCUCCCCUCUCUCGUCGCGUCACGCCGCCGCUUAUCGCCGUCGCCCCAUCUCGUCUCGACCCCGUCCCCAUUCCAAACCGAAGAUAGUUUCCAUUGCUUCAGUUGGGUAUGAGCAAAGCAGUAACAAUGGACGCCCAUCUCAGCUUUGAGGAUGGCUGGAGGGUCCUGGAACAGGGGAUCGUGACAUGCUCAAAGAUUUUGGGGGGUGAAACUCGUACAAGGCCUACUGUGGCUGAGUACAUGAAUUGCUAUGAUUGUGCUUAUCGAAUGGCUGUCCAGAAAACCCACUAUUGUGAAGAGAUGUACGUUGGUUACAAGAACAUUCUUGCAGAUUGUGUUCGUGCAAUGGUUUUACCCCAUCUAUCGGACAAGAGAGGUGGCCACUUUUUGGCACAGCUUGUGAAAAUGUGGUCAAACUAUUGCACCAUGGUCAAAUGUGUAUCUGGCUUCUUCAGCUAUUUGGACCGCUGCUUUAUUGAGCAAAGAAAACUGCCUUCUCUUGAAGACACUGCUGCUACUUCUUUUUUUGCUCCGGUUUUUAACUUCUUCAGUAAUGAAAUAACAGAUGCUCUACUGACUUCGAUUCGUCAAGAGCGUGAAGGAAGUAAGGUUGACAUGGACCUCUUGAGGGGCAUUAUGCGUGGCAUAUGUCGUUCUGAAGUGAAAACAGCAAUGCAAAAUACUGUUAUUGAAGAUACAUAUUCUUACUACUCCAGGAAAAGUUCUGAUUGGAUUGUGCUGUACCCUCUGCCAGAUUACCUUGCCAAGGUCCAGGAUACCAUGGAGAAGGAAAUUGAGAGGCUGAUGCACUAUCUGUGUAUUACUGAGAGAGAUAGCACAGAGCUCUGUUUGAAGGUUGUUAGUGCUCCAUUGAUGCAGACUUAUGACAACUAUGCAAGAGAGAAAAAUAUUGGUGGCGAACUUUUGAUUCAAACAUACAAGACUGUGGAGGAUGAUCUGCUGGCCAGAUGCAGUCGUUUGACAAUUGACAGUGGCUCAGAUAACAGUUCUGCCAGCUACAUGGGGUAGAAAGGAAGGGCACUUUAGCUAACAUUCAUCUAUAACCAAGCAUACAUACAGGAGUUUCAGAAUAUAGGCUACAUCUGAGGGAAAUUCUUUUGCAGCUCGUUUUUGGUACUAGUAACUUGUUGACCGGGAAUCUUGUUAGCAAGGUUCGGUUAGAGUAAACUCUAUAUACUGAAUCCGCAGGGGAUACCUCUCACUCUCUAGUGCAGUUAAAUGCCGUCUUUUACCCCUUAUGAUCAACUGCAUUUGAAAUGUAUAGAAUUGCAGAUUCUUUCAUGCAGCCUAUUUUGAUCUUGAUCUAGCUAAUAUUAGGCAAGAUAGCACCCACCCUCUUAGUGGCCAACAUUGUUGCAUGAUGCAUAUGUAUGGACAAGUGUGGGGGUUCGACAACACCAUGAAUGGUGCAUGGCCUGUGUGCCUUUGCGUACUUCUGAUGCUGUCUAUGGUUGAAGCUUGUUUACUUGUCUCGUCUAUGACUA